AUGGUCAACAGCAACCAGGAUACGGCCAACAGCAACCAGGUUACGGCCAGCCGCAUCCAGGUUACGGCCAGCCGCAUCCAGGUCACGGAGGUCAUCCUCAAGGAGGUUAUACACAAGCAGGCCAUCAACAGCCUCAACCAGGCUACGGUCACCCGCAAGGAGGUCACGGCUCAGGGCAUCAAACAGGAAGAUGGAACACCCAUUCUGCAGGUUGAAGGCAAAAUGAUGUCUAUUUCAGGCCGCAAGAAGGUUUGCGACAUGGCUGGAAAUCACCUCUUCGAUAUCGUAAAGGAGCACCUCCAUAUCCACACCACCUUCGCUAUUGAGGACCCGCAAGGGCAGAAAUUGAUGGAAGUGAAGAAUAGUUUCAAGCUAUUCGGAAGCAGCGCAACGGCAACUUUUACCGAUAAGCAAGGUACACAGCAUGUGCUGAAGAUGAAAGGAUCGAUCUUCGAUACAAGCGCCGAGAUUGUUGACGAGGCGCGCGGUGGCGCCACUGCUGCGCGUAUCAACCGCAAGUUGCUUAGCGGAAAGGACAUCUUCUUCGGACAGCAGACAUAUGCAGUGCAGAUCACAGAAGGGUAUGACCAAGCGCUGAUUGCUGCAAUGUGCAUAUGCCUGGAUGAGAAGAACAACGAGAAAUGA